AUGGAGCGCUCGUACAAACAUAAAAAGGUAGCAGAGUCUUCUCCAUUAAAGGAGAUGAGGUAUUGCCGCUUAUUCGACCAGGCAAGCAGUUAUUACCAUGGGCACUAUGAUGGAGGAACAGUCAUGUGUUAUUUUCUCCAGCAGUUUGCACAGGUAUCCAACGUGUCAGCAUUCGCCGUGAUUGUAGGGCAUGGAAAGUUCCGCAUCUGGACAUUCCAGGUGUGCCCGCAGCUUCCCUUGAACCGUGUCUUGUACAUGUUGAAAGUAAGCUGGGCGUUGGAGGUUAUUGUCGAUGUAGAAAUUCAAAGGGUCAAGGGCGUUGGCGGGUAUCUCUUCACGCGUAUCCGACAACACCAUAAACAUAGGGAAGACGGACAUACCUACGUCAAGGUAAUCGAGCCUCUGGCAGAUACCAAGAAAGAACUGGGCGGUAGGGAAGUAGGUGCGCGGGGAAACCGAUACAUCUAUUUCCGCGAUAUCAAAGUCGACGAGUUUCAACCUACCCUGUCCAUUUACCAUGAUAUUACCCAUCCUAAUAUCGCAGUGCCUAGAAAGAAACGUAGCAUCACGAUGUACGCGUUUGGUCUUCCAGGCAGCCAGCUUGAACACAGUCUCCGGAUGAUCAGUACCGUGGCCGAAUUCGAUAGGCAAACAGUCGCUCCAUGGCCCAUGCCGCAUGGCGUGGUAGUCAGCUCGCGGGACAUUGGGAAAAUCGCUGUCCUUGAUGAGGAUUGUAUUAAUUUUCGUGUACCUCUUUUCAUACGUAACUCUCUCGCCCUCCACUCUCGUGGUAUCCUCAAGCAAGGCCGAGGCACGGAUCGCGGCCCAAACAACGGAAUCCCGCUCGUCUUGUCCUUGGCCAUCGCCGUUUAUUUCCUUUGUUCCCUCACCGGAUCUCCCGGUCACGGUGCGGAGGACAUUCCGGCGAUUUCAGUGUCGCCUGAGAUCCGUUUUUGA